UUGAGGACAGUUUCGUUUACCAGGGAAGCCAGUUUCAUCGUUUUACUCACAAAAGAUUGCUCAGUUCACUCAUUUAAUGACUCAGUAGAAAUGGAUAUGAGAAAGCAAACAAGGAAAUACAGUAAACUAAAAGCAAGAUCACUUUGGAUUAAACGUGCAGAGAUUAUAGAAUCAGCCACCAUUGAUCCGAUCCAAGGUCCUGCAUUGUCCUGUUCAAGCGGCAGCGAAGAAUUUAACGGAAAGAAAACUGUGAAACGGAGCAUACUUUACUCACAAGUAAAAUAAUAUACAACCUAACGCGAAACAAGAACCAUAAUUUAUUUCCUGUUCCAGUGGCAUCGUGAAAGCAUGCGCAAAUUUUAUGGGAUGCUACACUUCAUUAUGCAUCUAAUCUAGUCUUUAUUUUUUUUAUUUUAUUUUGUGUCUGCAGUCAAAGAUGUUCAAAGAUGAUACUAAUGAAAAGACUAACAGUGUAUUCUCUUUACGGACCAAGUAAUAUCUCUUGCAAACAUUUCUGAGUUUUUUUUGUUUGUUUGUUUGUUUGGUUUUUGUGGACGGCUAGUUUGGUGCAACGACCCAAGCGCGGAGCAAGGUGCCUCAUACGGCAUUACAGUCUGUAUGAAUCGGCAACACGAAGGUCGCGUCAGUGAACAGUGCUGCAGUCUUUCCAUUCUGGACACCGACGCUACAUUUUCGUUAACUAUUGAAUCCACUGGAUAAUUUGGGGCACUCAACGAUGCAUCGACAUGAUAUUUCCAACCCAGAGGUUGGGUCUGAUGAUCCUAUAAACCCAUGUUUGUUAUGUUACUAUAAAAAGCCUUGUUUGACAGUGUAAUUUCUAGAUUGCUAGUGCAGUUUAGCGUGCCUGCCCACUGUCCCGCGGCUGCUGGUGCUGAAAUGUGUUUAAUAAUAUAGUCACCAAAUAUUUUGCCAGAAGCUUUAGCUCGAUUACCAUGAGUAUCAUGGCAGUAAUUAGUUGAAGGAUACUCUUAUCUCUACGAUUGAGAGGGAAACUGAGCGUUCAUGAUGAGCAGAUUUAGAAAGCGGGUGAACUUAAUUUUGUUUCUCAUUUUAUUUUUUUGUGGCGUGGACGGGAUUUUUGGAAGGAUGGAGACCAGGAGCACAGGUGCUGGCCAGUGUGGUUGUGCGCCCCAGGGUGGAGCUGCUUGCUGUCCCGCGUACUCGUGGUGCUGAAACAUGCACAAUGUCCGCACGGCAGAGACUCCCGGGCUGCCGCUCGCUGCACGUUAACGAGGAUAACGGGCGCUUCGUGUUGCUGGCGCUGCUCAUCCUCACAUACCUUCUGUGCGGCGCCGCGGUCUUCUCAGCCAUCGAGCGGCCGUCGGAGGUGCGAGCCCGAGCACGCUGGAAUUACACACUGCACAACUUCAGCGACGCUUUCAACAUCAGUGUGUACGAACUCCGCUCCUUCCUACGCGAGUACGAAACCGCUGCGGCCGCCGGGAUGCGGGCCGAUACCCUCCGACCGCGAUGGGAUUUUACAGGGGCGUUUUACUUUGUGGCAACGGUUGUAUCAACCAUUGGCUUUGGGAUGACAACUCCAGUGACAGUAGCUGGCAAAGUAUUUCUGAUCUUCUAUGGCCUCCUUGGUUGUGCAGCUACCAUUCUGUUUUUUAACCUUUUCCUAGAACGUAUCAUCACCCUCUUAGCUGUGGUGAUGAAAGCUUUUAGGCUACAUCGGUUGCGCACUAGUGGCCUCCUUCCACCAGGAAUCUGCCAGGACUUUGCAGCCAGCGCUCUUCCAGGAUGGAAGCCAUCUGUAUAUCAUGUGAUGCUGAUCCUAGCCCUGUCAGCUAUCAUCAUCUCCUGCUGUGCAUCAGCUAUGUACACCCCUAUAGAAGGUUGGGCCUACCUUGACUCCCUCUAUUUCUGCUUUGUCACCUUUAGCACUAUUGGUUUUGGAGACUUGGUGAGUAGUCAGAGCAAAGGUUACAGCUACCAGGGUCUGUACCGGUUGGCCAACUUCCUUUUUAUUCUGACUGGUGUCUGCUGCAUCUACUCGCUAUUCAAUGUGAUUUCUAUUGUCAUUAAGCAGGUGCUCAACUGGAUGCUGAGCAAGAUGAGUUGCCUAUGUUGCCAGCGCUGUAAUAAGGCUACUGCCUUCUUAGGGCGUCGCAAUGCCAUCCGCCCUGGCUCACGCCUCAAACAGGGCCAUUUUGGAAACCCAUAUGAUGCCAAGGAACCUUGUGACAAUGACCAGGAGGGAAGAAGGCUCUCUGGUGAGAUGAUCUCCAUGCGGGACUUGGCAGGCUCAAAUAAAAUAUCACUGGCCAUUAUGCAAAAACAGCUCUCAGAAUCUGCAAAUGGAUACCCCAGGACAGUUUGUGGAAGCUCAAGACACAAUGGUUUCUCUGGUGGGAUUGGAGCAUUGGGCAUCAUGAAAAACAGACUGGCAGAGACAAGUGACUCUAGGUAAAGGCGUGUUAAGGAAUAAUAUAGUUUAAUACUAAUACUGUAGUUUAAAUGGAAAUGCCUAAUGAAGCCUAAUAAAGCACGGAUAUUGUGAUGGAUUUGGUUACAGGUUAACUACAGGUUAUCUUUGCCUUGCGCACAAGUUCUAAUGUAGCAGCAUGACUUGCAUGACAUAUUUUAAAUAUCCAUUUAAGCCAGAAUGAAUAUGACACCCAACUGGUUGGUAAAUUAGGCUACAGCUUAAAAGAUAAUGCAUUUCAAUUCUGUGGAAUAAGAAAUGCUAUGUAAAUUGAUAAAGUACAACAACAACAACAAAAGACACUUAAUAUUAUUCCUAAACUUUUGGGGGGGUUAGCAUGUAUUUCAAAAGUUAAGUGCAUACAGGAUUUUCUAGCUUUGACCUAAUAAUGACAUUUUUGUGCCUAAUAUAGUAUAGCAAUGCUGACAAUACCCAAACAAUCGAGUACAUAUUUUACAUUUUAACCUUAUAGUAUUUGCUAUUAUCAAUAAAGAUAUUCUUUAUUAUAGAAGAUCAACUCUAUGAAUUAUAGGUUCAUUCUCAAUUCUCAUUCAUAUUGUACAUGCCUAGACCUCAGCUAUGCAUCCAUUUCCUUCAAGAAAAUAGCUUGAGUUUGUUGCAAGUAAUCAUGUUUUUAUAUUCAUAUGUUGAACAUACAUACAUAUCAGAACAGAGUAUCAUAUCAGAUGUCAAUACAGUUGUUAGAAAACUUGUGACCACUUUGGAAUUAUUUGCAUUAAUAUUUUAUGAUGAAAAACAUAUUAUUUUUUAACAUUGCCGUGAUAAGAAUAGGGUUAAGGUUAGGAUUUUACAAAAACAUACUAUUUUAAGGUAGUUUGUCAUUAUUUGGCAGUUAAAAACAAGAUUAUAGAUUAAAACAUGUGCACUUGCUUUAGCUAUUUUUACUAGUAAACAUACUGCUAUUACUACUAAAAACUUUUUUGUUGUUGUUGCAAUAACCACAAUGAAAAGCUUAUUGUAGCAGUUGACUGGAA